GCACAUUGGGUAAUUCCCAAGUGAUUGACACAACGAGGUUGAGUAACCAAUGCUAAGCUUGGAGCUAGCCUGGGUGAAGCAUCCAGAAAGCAACUACAUAUUUAGUGAAUACAUGAGCAAACGUCACUGGCCAUGCAGGAGCAGAACACUUGUAAGUCUUGGUUUUAGCAGCCUAUACGGUUGUAGAGGGCAUUUUUUCUAUCUUUAGGCGUAUAGGGUGCAAGCACUUGCUUAAAUUUAUUACUACUCUGCUUAGAUCCUGGAAAAUUUAGUGAUAUUAGUUGAAAAUUACCUCUAAGGAAAACAUCUCAUAUUUCAAAUCACAUCUUUGUAGUAUCAGAAAAUCAUACCAGGGAAUUGUGAUGCUUGGACUAACUGAGAAUCACUUCUUGAUGAAUGAUUUUCUAAUGGUAUAGAUUCAUGUAUCCUGCCAUGAUGCCUUCAGCUGUCAGGAGUGCCUAUAACCAUUCUCUUAGUGUUGAUCAUGGAAACAAAUUAUAUCAUUAAGGAGUUUCAUGGGUCUCUGCCCACACAGGGUAAAUUUGUAACUUGUUUUUCAAUCCAAAAGAUCC